GGUACCGUAAAAUUUUUGGGCGUGUUAGCGAGUCGCAGGCAAGCGAGAAAGUUAAGAAAAACUGGACGGAAAUGAGCAGAAAAGGCUGCAGAAAGUGAACCAAAAACCAUGGUGCGGAGCACAAUCCAGAUCCAGGCAGCCCACAGCCACAUCCACAGCCACAUCCACACCCAGACAACAGGAGCCGGCAUGGGCCGCCUGGCCAUAACCAAAAAGCUGGUGCUCUGGACGGUGCUGGUGCUGCAGGUGGGCUUCAUUGGCUGCAUCUGGCUGCUGCAGAUGGGUCGCUCCCCGGACUCGCAGCAGCAGCGGAGUGCCCUGGAUGGGCAGAUGGGCGGCCGGGUGAACUUCGUGACCGUCGGCGGAGCAAGGAAAUCCAAAUCCUCACCGACAAGUGGACAAACGGAAACGCGCUGUGCCCAGCAGCAGCAGCAGGAAAAUGUCAACCGCUACGAUAGGGACUUUUACCAAAUGAAGACGGAACCGCAGAACGAAUCGCACCUGCCGGACUACAAUGUGCCCGCCUAUGUGGACGCCGAGAUGGGCCUGACGCCCGCCCUCUGGUGCUAUCGCGAGGGCACCAUCAACGAGAGCCUGCGCCCCAACGAUGUGGACUACCUGAUGACCCAGCCGCAGUGCAAAUGUGAGAGCGGCUGGCAUGGCAGGGAUUGCGGCCAGCCCGAGAUCAUAUGGCGAGCCCUGAUGACGUCCAGUCGGGUCAGCAAACGCAGCGGCAGCAUACCCCUUCAACUGACUGUGGCCAGUUCCACGUCUCUGCAUCGCCUGUUCUACAUGCUGGAACUGGGAGCCUGGGAACACCUCAGUCUGGAGCUCCUCGAGUUGCAGAUUCGAGCCCUCAUCGAGGUGGUUGACUACUUUCUCAUCUACUACGUGAGCAACGCCAGCAAGGAGCGGAUGCUGGCGAGCAUGCUGGGCGAACAAACCAACUACGUGCUGCACCGCUGCGCUUCCGAGGGCGAGUGCAGCAGCGCAAAGGCCUUCAGCCACUUCAGGCGGCAGCUGUGGCAGCAGUGUGGCAUGCAAAUGCAAGCCCAGGAUCUGCUGCUCCACGGGGACAGUGGAAGUGUCUAUGCGCCGGCGGCUCUCAAGUUUCUCAAAUACUAUGCCAAGGAUGUACUGCCACUGACAUUCCGUUUGAAGUACAACGUCUACGGUUUCUACUGGCAGCAUCCAAAAAAGACCCUGUUGAAGGGGGUAAUUAGUUCCUUGGGGCAUCUCUACAGUGCCCAACUGGACACCCACCGAUUGCAACGGCUGGCAAGCAGCACGUUGGGCGAUCUCAACCACUACGGCGGAUGGAACUGCGAGUUGUGUCUGCCGCCCGAACAGAUUGUGCUCCUGCUGCAGAGCUCCAAUCGGCAAAAGUUACCUGUGAAGCUGCCCAACGACACCCGAAAUGCGCACAUCGAUGCCGCCUAUGUGCAGCUUUUGAUAGCCAAUGGAGGUCACAUCGAUGGCACCUCGCAGUUGCUCCGCUUGCGGGAGCAGAGCGAAAAGUAUUUUGCUCCGGAGGAGGCACUAACCCACAGCAGCCAGUAUGGCCAGCUGUUAGUCAAUCUCUACGAUGCGGACGUUCUAGAAGAUUUGCAAGAGGAGGACUAACAUAAUAUCAAUUCGAACCCCAUCAAAGCCUAACGAUCUCAUUAUCAUCACAUCAUUAGCUGCCUAGUCCACUCAUGCACAUGCCCUGCUGUGUUUUUGGCCAGCGAAUUCCAAAUUUAGUAUCUCAGCAGACAGGGCAGAAAGAGAGCCGCCAUCUGUGAUAAGAAAACCAGAACUAAACAAUGAAUUUAUAUAAGCAAACCGAAGUUAGCAACAAAGGGAGUGAUCUCAUUAUGUGCUGCAAAUCAGUUGUGAAAUUUGGUUUACAAAAUUUGUAUUGUUUUUAAGGUACACUAAUGUACAGCCACAUGAUCUGUACGAAAAAAGCUUUUUAGAUUUACUUUUGAAUAUUAAAUAUUAAUAUUAUUAAAAGCAAACCAAUUUCUACGAAUUUGGUUACAAUUUGUCUCAUAAGUUUACUAUGCAAAUAUUAAUAUAAUUACAUUUAGAAACAUUUGUUAACUUGCCAGAUCAAUUCAGUAUUUAAAGAAUAAAAAUCAAUUGGAUAGACAAAA